GCCAGUCAUUUAUAAAUUGCCCUCCGCUCGUUAUCGUCCCCAAAACCUGUCCUUUGCCCUCGCCCAUACCCCGCACUGACGUCGUCACAAACAUCAUCUCCGUACUUCCAUAGAACUCAACCCACCAUAUUCAAAAUGCCGAUGACCGUGACUGUACCCGCCUUCAACGCUGCGCACGCUGUACCCAUGGUGUCCUCACCGCUCGCGUCGCCGACGUCGCCCACAUCCUCUUUCCACCAGCUGCGACCACAGCCUCGACGCACCCCUUCAUUCCCCACCGCACGCCCAUUGCGGCCAUUCGCGUCCAUUAACAACACCGCCAACUCUUCGAAGAAGAGUGUCAAACUCAUUGAACCACCAAAGGGCUUCGGUGGCACCUUUGUCCUUGAUCUCACCCAGGCGGAGUUCAGCAGGCAGGACUAGUGCGGAACGCCCCUCCCGCCCUACACCUCUAUCUUGCAGCGCCAUUGCCCUCCACCCCUAUGUCACUUUCGUCUCCCAGCAUCAUUUCCAUUGGAUGCACCCAUCCACUCUUCAUCCGCAUUCGCAUCAUCUCGUCCCGCUCGACGCACCCGCUCAUCACCGAAUCGAGCCACCACAGUUAUCCCGUGGUCAUCACCUCUACCAACUCGGUGUUCCUCGCCCUCUUAUCUAUCCUGUUCACGGCUCGUGGAACUCUCUCUCGCAACUCUCACUGUAUUAGCCUACUGUACAGUAUUCAUUUUAAACAUUUCCGGAUAUGUUUCUUCUCUUUGGGUGUCUUUGUGGUUGAUGUUGGGUUGAAGGCUUUUGAAGUAGAGUCGUUCUUAACCAGUAACUUCUUAUCAGUCUGCUAUAGUCCGCUCGUACAUUUGUCUGUCCAUCAGUCCGUAUCCCUCAGCCCUUCAAAAUGCCACACACGCUAUCAUUAUCCCUCACGCUACGCCGUCUCUCCUAUCCUCGAAUGCUGGACUCCAGUAGUUCACAUCUUUUCUCGUCUCCUCGCAUAUCGUUCGUACAGUACUCCUGUUUGACUUCGUUCGGUUGUACUCGUAUAUGCACCCCCUUCAGUUCCUCGGUUUGUCGUUCCCCGGUUCGUACCUAUGCACCGUCGUCAUUCUGGGAAUCUUGAUGUCACAUUCCUGGCUAUGACAUUAUGGUGUACCGCCUACGGACUGCGCAGAGCACUGCAAUGCAUACGCCACCGAUAUU